GUUCUACAAUUUGAAUUCAGUUUAACAUUGACAUUGGUUCAGACAUUGGUUUGCGCAAAAAUCCAAGUGGUGGAACAAGUCGGACAAAAUUUAACCUUGCUCAAAGAGGAAUUUUGCAAAAAACCGACAAAAAACAAAUUGUUCAAAAUUUAAAUUUCCAAACUCAAAGCAAGGAAUUAAAGUGAACUAAGCCUUAAAAAAACUAAAAAAACAACGUUUUUGUGCUUGUAGUGAACCGUGUAAAAAAACAAACUGAUUCCAAAAUCCAAGACACAAAAAAAUCCUACCAAAAGAAAAUAAAAGAAUUCUACACCACAACAAAAAAAAAUAAUCUUCACAAAACUGCGAUUGUUUCCAAGCUGGGUCGUUGAUCGUACUUCGCUUCUAUCACAAAUCGUACUCAAAAUUCAUCUUCGUUGAAAUACCCUUUCGAAAAAAAAUGCGUUUAUACAUUUUGAGUUUAAGCCUGGUGGCAGUCUGCAUUCCUCAACAUACCAAGGCAGCCACUUUCCCCGCCGAAAUUCAUCGCUGCCAUCCCGGUGAAACCGAUUGCAUUGUGCAAACCGCCAAUGAUUUGUUAGGGUCGUAUGCUCGCAAAGGUCUUCCAGCAGCCUCUUUCCCUGUGGUCGAGCCUUUCCAUUUGAAAAAGGUUCAACUGACAGAUGGUCACAGUGGUUCAUUAAAUUUGAAAUUCUCACUACGCGAUGUGGAUGUCGUAGGCUUAUCAACUGUGAAAUUCGAUCGUGCUGUUGGCUUCAGUCCCGAUCCUGCUACCAGCAAAUUUGAACUAUACGGCAGCCUACCCAAGCUGACAAUUCGCAGCAAAUACAAUGCCGAUGGAAGAAUUUUAAUCCUACCAAUUCAGGGUGAUGGUGAUGCUGACAUUUCAUUUGAAAAUGUCAAAUUCUCAACGAAAUUCAAGCCAGCCCUGCAUCCCAAGAAUGGCAAGAUGUUCUUAACAGUUGAUAAACUCAAAGUGCUGCUCGAACCCCAAAGAAUGAACAUUAAAUUGGCAAAUCUCUUCAAUGGCGACCAAGCCUUGGGCAGUCACAUGAAUCAAUUCCUCAAUGAGAAUUGGAGUGAUGUUUGGGUGGAACUGCAGCCGGCUGUGCAAUCAACCAUCUCGGAUAUAAUCAAAAUCAUAUUGGACAACAUGUUCAAGGACUUUGCCUACCAGGACUUCAUGGAUAUCUAAAUAGCUCAUCAAAAGAAGUCAAAGUCAUUAUUUAGCUUGUUAAGAGUCUUAGUUGGUAGCAUCAUCAGAUAGAUCACUACAUCAAAAACGCAUUCCUUCAUCAUAAUAGCUGUGGUUAUUGUCAUUCCAUUUCAGAUUUUCCCAAAGUAUUCACUCGCUUCAUUCCAUCUUCGGUAGUUGUUAUGUAUAUAUCGUCCUCUAUUUAAGCAAUACAAAAAAGAAACUAAAAUUAUCUAAAAAAGCCAUGCGAAAUGUAUUUUUAUGGCAUAGAAACGCAAAAGAAAUGCGGAAAUUUUAUGGUCAUUUAUAAACAUCACAUACAAAAACAAAGAGUGUAUAAAUAAUUCACCGAAAAAUAAAAAAUAAACGAAACGUAUAUCAAAAUUGAUUGUUGAAUACCAAAA